GGAAGCGAGCGAGAGGGGGAGGGGCCUCCGCGAGCCCAGAAAAACGACAACGCGAGAAAAAUUAGUAUUUUUGCACUUCACAAAUUAAUGACCAUGAGCUCGUUUUUGAUAAACUCCAACUACAUCGAGCCCAAGUUCCCUCCCUUCGAGGAGUACGCGCAGCACAGCGGCCCGGGCGGCGGAGACGGAGGCCCGGGCGGGGGGCCCGGCUACCAGCCCCCCGCACCCGCGACCCAGCACCUGCCGCCGCCGCAGCCCCAGCUCCCUCACGCAGGCGGCAGCCGCGAGCCCCCCAGGCGCUGCGAGGCGGCCCCCGCCACCCCGGGCGUCCCGGCAGGGGGCAGCGCCCCCGCGUGCCCGCUGCUGCUGGCGGACAAGAGCCCGCCGGGCCUGAAGGGCAAGGAGCCCGUGGUGUACCCCUGGAUGAAGAAGAUCCAUGUCAGCGCCGUGAACCCCAGUUAUAACGGAGGGGAGCCCAAGCGCUCCCGAACAGCCUACACCCGGCAGCAAGUCUUGGAGCUGGAGAAGGAGUUCCAUUUUAACCGAUACCUGACCCGGCGGCGUCGCAUAGAGAUCGCCCACACGCUCUGCUUGUCUGAACGCCAGGUCAAGAUCUGGUUUCAGAACCGGAGAAUGAAGUGGAAGAAAGAUCACAAACUGCCCAACACCAAGAUGCGAUCCUCCAACCCAGCCUCCACCCAGGCCUCUUCAGGCCCGCCAGGGAAAGCACAAACUCAGAGCCCGCACCCCCAUCCGCACUCCCUCCCUGGUGCCUCCACCCCCAUCCCUUCCUCCAUGUAAUCUUCUAGACACCUAGUUCAGUUUCCCUCCCUUACCUGCCUUUCUGUUCUCCUACACUUUCCCCCUUCUACUCCUCCCCCUGUCUCUGUAUUGUAACAGACACCAAAAUAAAACCCAGCUUGGUGAAAAGGAUAACCAAAAGGAAGACAUUAUCCCCGGUAAGAGAAUGAGCUGGUUGCCAUGCCAGAGAGGACAAUUGUUGAGGAUGCUGUUUGGUGGAACAAUCUGCUGGACUGAAGAAGGCUGCCAAGUUUGGAUACCUGGGAAGGACCACUUGGCACCAGAUACCUUUGAGAUGUCUGAAGUCAGCUGGACAGUGCACGCUGACUGGGGACGCGUAUAUUUGUGCAAGCCGAAUAAAACAGACCCUUCCCCACCUUCUUUAUCUUUUCCCUCAUCCAUUAAGGCAGCUCAUACAAGGUUGUAAUGAACUGAAUAAAUGAGUAGAUACUGUGGACCUCACAAGAUUAUUUAAUUCCCAAAAUGCAUAGACUCAUGGUAGGUGUGACUGUUAGUUUCCCUUUCUUGCAUUUAUUUAAGAUAUUGUUAUUGAGAUAUUGUUGUCGUACUCUGGGGAACUAUCUCUGGGAAGAGGGGGAUGCAUUUAGACCCAUGUGCAACUGUACAAAUUGUGAUAUGGCUGUAUAGAAAGCCAUGUGCUAAGAAUAAACUUCAUUUUAAAAAGUAUUAAAAAUCUAAGAGACAGAUGUGUGUGUUUCCUAAGCUUUUCAUUAAAAAAACAAAAUCUUAAACAAACAAUUCCUCUGGAUUUCUGACUUUGCAUGUAGAAAACCUUAUAAAUGGUUGAGCUGUGUUCACAUGGAUUCUGACUGCGCACAUAAUUUGUGCUAGAGUGUGUGUGUUCAACUUGAGCUGAACUCUUGUCAAGCUUGACCCAGUGUGGAAAUGUUCCAAAGAGCAAGGAGGCUCUUGAGCUCUGAGAGGGCUCCUCUUCUUCCCAAACUUGGCCAGGCUUUCAGGCUUCAAGUCUCUGUAAGGCAUAGGAACG